UCUCUCUCUCUCUCUCUCUCUCUCUCUCUCUCUCUUUGCCUUCUUUCUCAAAUUUGAUGUGUCUAACGGGUAAUAAAUAAAAAUAAAGAAGCAAACUUUCUACAGUCUUCUACCUCCUAUAGCCCAAAAUCUCCAAUCUUCACAGCAUCUAAAAGGAGGCGAAUUCGUAAUGGAAUCGGAAAAGUCACAACCUUUACCCAGAGACACUCCGGCGCCGGUACAAACUGCAGAACAAUCUCGAGAAAGGGUUUCUGCUUAUGAUCUUAUGGUAGUGGAUGGUGAUUUAGAGGGCUUAGAUCAAGAAAAGGAGGAAGCUUUAUCACUAGCCAUUGAAGUAGAGGUAUCUGUAAGGGAACAGAUUCUAGAGCUGGAGAAGAAGGAAGAGCAAGUGAAUCUGGUUGAAGAAGAUAGAGCGAGGAAGGUUGAGGCUUCCAUCAUUGAGCCAGCGAGUGCAUUGGUGGAGAAAGAAAAUGAAUCUGAUCUAACAGAGUGAAAUCAGAAAAAGGUAAUGGCAACACAUAGAAAAGCUCUAAAUUCUAACCUUUCAGGUUAAUAAACUAGAACUAUAUUUUUUUUGAACACGAGAUGAUACUUUAACCACUAAUUUUAGUAUUUUACUAAUGUAUAUGAUAUAUAUAAUUUCUUUACAAGAUGAAUGUUUCCCACUUCUAGCGGUAAUUUUUUCAUUUACCAAAACAAUCCCUUUCCAUUGCAAUCAAUCAGCGGUCAAAGAUUAUUUAAUGAUUCUCAUCUUCUGACAAACGAAAUCGAACGGCUAAAAAAAAUCAUCAGAAACUCUGCUGAUUUCAGUAAUCCAACGGUCAAAAAUUAUUUAAUCCAACGGUUAACAAUUAUAUGAGUAAUCUAACGGUUAAAUAAUUUAAUCCAACGGCUGUAAACACAAAAGGAAGUACUUAUUUGUCCGGAAACGUGUAUGCAAAAACUUUUGUGAUCCUCCCUCCAUUUUCUUCUAUUUUCACUCAUCUUUCUCUCUUCUUUUCAAAUUGUGUUUUCAAAUUUGCUCUCUGUCUAACUGGAGAAAGGAAAAAAAAAGCAAACUUUCUCAGUAUACUUCUUCCUAGAGCUCAAAAAGCUCCAAUCUUUACAGCAACUAAAACGAGGCAAAAUCAUAAUGGAACCGGAAAAUUCACAACCUUUCGGAAGAGACACGCCGGAGCAGGAUCCGGCGCCGGCACCAACUGAAGAUGAACCUCGAAAAAGGGUUGCUGCAUAUGACCUAAUGUCAGUGGAGGGUGAUUUAGAGGGGGUUGAUAAAAAAAAGGAGGAGAUGCAUAAAAUCCUAGACCAGAUUCGCGAGAAAGCUUCAUCAGUUCUUGAUUCAUCGCUACGGUCGGAAGAAAUCGACAAGCCGUUUGAUUUGCUAAAGCAACGAGCCAUGGAAUUGGAUUUGAAGGAGGAGUCUGUAAGGAAACAGAUUCUGGAUCUGGAGAGGAUGAGAAAGGAAGCUGAGCUGAUGGAAGCAUCUCUUAAGGAACUUGAAUCGAGGGAGAAUGAGCUCAGGUUGCUUAAUGAUACCAUCAGAGAGAAAUCAGCUGAACUAGAGAAGAAAGAAGAGAUUUUUGAACUGAGAAAGCAGGAAGAAGCCAUAGAGGUUGAUGUGAAGAGGAAGUUUCUUGAGUUAAAGGAAAAGGAACUUGAAGAAAGAGAGAAAGAGAUUGAAUUGAAACAGAGAGAAGUUGAAGAACUAUCAAUGCAAGCAGGGACUCGGAAGAGACGUAGGCUAGAAUCUGGGCCUCCACUGUUGGCAACGAAUGAUAGAGAUGCUGAGGCUCUUGGACAACACAAGCAUAAUGAUGAAGACAUGGAAAAAGAUUCGGCUUCUACAUUCUCUCCUGUACAAAUAAGUGAAGGACAUGAAAAAGAUAUUGAAGAAGUUGUUGUCUCCAUUGAUGACAGUGAUGAGGAACAUGAGCCAUUAUUGUGUGUUCAUUCAGAGUUUGCAGAUUUCAGCAAGACGAUGAGAUCUUUCAAGGCUGGUCAAGUAUGGGCUCUAUACGAUGGUAUAGAUUCUAUGCCUAGGUUGUAUGGUCGAAUCAAGAAAAUUAAUAAACGUGGGACGAGUCUUCAGUUGACAUGGUUUGAACAUAAAGAUGAGGAUUCUGUUCCUGCUGCUUGCGGGAGGUUCAAAGUAGGGAUCACAGAAACUAUAAGCCAGUUGACCUUUUCUCAUGUGAUGAAUCCCAUCAUACAUAGCAGACACUUCAUCGCUGUGAUUCCAAGGAAAGGAGAAACGUGGGCUCUUUUCAGAGACUGGAGCAAAAGCUGGAACAAUAACCCGGAACAGCACAGGCCUCCUUAUAAGUUCGACUUUGUGGAAGUUCUGGUCAACUUUGACGAUUGUCUAGGCGUUGGAGUGGCCUAUUUAGGAAAAGUUGAGGGAUUUGUAUCGGUCUAUGAACAAGCUGGGCAGCAUGGAGUCGUCUCACUCAUGAUCGCACCAGAGGAAAUGCAAAGAUUCUCCCACAGGGUGCCAUCACUUAAGUUAAAUGGAAAGGAGAGAGAGGGAGUUCCUGCUGGUUCUUUUGAGCUAGACCCUGCUGCUAUCAAGAGUGUUCCACUCACGAGUGAUUGCUCUAGCAGUGAGGAAGAAGAAGAGACAGAAAGUCAGAGCGAGGACGAGGAUUGUGGUAAAACUGGUGAGGUUGAAGAUCAAGAUGGGUUAAGAAAAGAUUUCCCCAUUGUCUUAGAUUGAGGGUGGUCUAUAUUUGUGAGUCUGAUGGUCUUAGUUCUUCUAAGAUGUAGUAUUUUAUUUCUCAGAUGAUGGCUUCUUGUUGCAGAAUGGUACUGUAAUCCUUUUGUGAUCUGUUUGGACAUGCCUUUGUCUCUUGAAUGGUAAUUUCAGGUUGUACCUUUUUUUUA